AUGGCUACCCCUAGUGUCCUCGCUUUUGACGCUGAGGGUCGAGCCAUUGACUUUGACGUCUGGGUAGAUGACCUGCAGCUGUUCUUACAGUGCGAUAGGGCAGACGGUCUCUCUCUCUUUGACCUCACCUCUUGCGCCUCUCCUGCCCCUGCUGCUGAUGCUGACGCCACUGUUUGCUCCCAGUGGGCCACGCGCGACGCUGCUGCACGUCUUGCUGUGCGUCGCCACCUCCCUACCUCCGAGCGUGCGCACUUUAGUCAGUACAAGAGUGCUCAGACCUUGUACGACGCUGUAGUUGCGCGCUACUCCUCCCCUGCCACUGCUGCACUGAGCCGUCUCAUGCUACCGUACCUCUUCCCUGACCUUGCUGCCUUUCCCACAGUCGCUGACCUCAUUACCCACCUCCGCACUAGUGACACUCGCUGCCAUGCUGCGCUUCCUGCUGACUUCUGCGCCAAGAACCCCCCCCCCAUGUACAUCACUCUCUACUACAUAGUCACUCGCCUCCCUGACUCCCUUCGCGUAGUCAGGGACCACUUUCUCUCGGUCUGUCCCACCACACUCAGUGUUGACCUCCUCGAGAAGGGUUCUCCCCCUCCCCCCUUCUGCCCUCUGUUGCCUCUGCUGCUACGGCCGACCUCCUUGGUCUUGAGUCGGUCGGUGCGGCGUCCGCCCCUAGCGGGAGACGCCGCUCUGGCAAGGGCAAGGGGGGCAAAGGCGUUGGAGGAGCGAGCGGGAGCGGUGGAGGUGGAGGCGGCGGGGGGAGUGGGGGUGGCGGUGGGAGUGGAGGUGGGGGAGGAGGGGUCGGUGGCGGCAGUGGAGGCGGAGGCGGCGGCUGCGGUGGUGGUGGGAGCGGAGGUGGCGGAGGUGGUGGCGGUGGAGGCGGCGGCGGAGGCGGCAGUGGUAGCGGAGGCGGCGGAGGCGGCGGAGGCGGCGGGGGUGGCGGUGGAGCUGGUCGCGGGUCUACACAGAGGAGUGGUUCCGGUGGUGGCCCGCGCCAACAGCAGCAGCGCGGUCGAGAGACCCUGUCCGCUUAGCAGCUCCGUGAGUGGUACACUAUACGCCAGCGGGGUGGGGGUUUUGGUCCGUGCACCUACGUCCUGCGCACCGGCGACCGUGCGGGUGAGCAGUGUGGGGGUGCUCACCCCACCCAGCGCUGCUUUGGCCGCCUGA